AUGAGACUUUCAUUUCCAAUAACGCAAAAACCAAUGUUUAACUAUAUAAAAUAUUGGCAAUACAUUUCUCAGAAAGAUGUCAAACGAAUAGUUGAACAUGUUGUCAUCGUUAAUAAUAAACAAAGUACAAAAAACACUAAUAGUAGUGGCAAUGUUGUAAAAUUAGCAUAUAAUUUAAAUUUGGUAGAAAAAUUGAUUUGGAAAAUGAUAAUGAUGCAAAGUGACGGGUUCAAAUAUCUUAAUCCACCAGAUGAAAUCCCAAUCACAUAUUGUCCUGGUUCAUUAUUAUGUCUGUCGAACCUGUAUGAAUUGGAAUGUUCAUCAAAAUAUUCAGAAACUUUAUUACUUGGUUUGGCUCACGUUUGUCAGAAUAUUUAUCGGCUGACGAUAAAUCCAUGCGAGGACAAUGAGAAUAAUGGAUUGUUUGCAUUGAUAGAACAGCAAAACUCUUUAAGAGAAGUCAAAUUGGUGUCACCAAAAGGUUCUAUUUGUAAACAGAUUGGAAAAUCAUUGGCGAAACAAGCAACAUCUCUAACCAAUUUCACUUGUCAAAAAAAUAUUUGUUUAACCGAAGAGGCAAUGUCAAAACUGGUAAAUAUUAGAGAAUUGGAUCUGAUAUUGGGCAGAACAAAUCUAAAAUCAAAUUCAUUGGAACUGGCAAAAUUCGCAAAAUUGAGAGUUCUAAAUAUAAAUCAUCAGUAUCGGACUGCAUUGCAUCAUUACACCAAAAUAAUAGAGACAACUGAAGGUGAUCUGGAAAAAAUAAAUUUUGAUUUUGGUUUAUUUCCAUGUAUUGAAGAGAUUCAACGAUACAUACAAGUAGUAACUGAGAAUUGUCCAAAUUUGAAAUUUGUAACUAUAUGUAGUUAUGAAACAAUAAAAGGUGAUUAUGUAGAUAACAAUCAUCGUUAUUAUAAUGAAGAUGGACAAGAAAUAGUUACGGAAAAAAAGAAAGAAUCUAUUGCAAAAGAAAAUUCUACAUCUAAGUUAAAGCCGCCAUCUAAAUUACUAACAAAUCCAACAAAAAAUAUUACAAAAUUACUGUCACCACCAAUAGAAAACGAAGGUAUCAAACUCGAAUCAGAAAACUGGAUUACUUGUAGGCAUGAUACACUUAGAAAAAUAGACAAAUUUCUACAACGUGACAAGUUAAUACUAGUUAGAUCACCACCAUUUACUGGCAAAACAUCAUUAUGUUUUCUUUUGGAAAAUUAUUAUUGUAAACUAAAAAUUCCCGUGGUACAUGUUUGUUUUCUAGGUGUACAAGAUUAUCGUGAUUUUGAAAAAUUUUGGAUCAAUGAAACAUCAAAAAGUUGGAAAUACUGGUUGGACCCGAAAAAACAUUGUGGUGAACUCGUUAUUAUUCUAGAUGAAACUCAAUUGAUAUUUAACAAUAGGAAAUAUGAAGAUUUUUGGUCUAGAGUUAAAUAUUUGUCUAGACUAUCGUCGUCAUCAUCAUCAACUAUACAUAAAAAAAAAUCAUUGAUAAAAGUCAUUGCCUUUUCAACUGUUGCUUCGAUUAUAAUUAAUCCUAAUACUGACGAUAUUAAUAACGAUAGAUCAUUGAUAGGUGGUAGAACCACUAGAAAUAGUAGUGGUAGAGUUAGUAAUAUUACACAAAGUCCAGUUGAUUUCCAAAAUAAAUUUGGAUUUGAAUUGAUAAGGUGCACAAAAAAAGAAUUGCUGGAGCUGGCUCAAGCAUUUAAUAAUCAUUGUAUUAGGAAGAAAAUACAAGUUAGUGAAAAAAUAGCUGGAUAUAUUAUGGAUUUUACAGCAGGCCACGUUGGAUUGAUUAGGUGGAUAUUGAAAGGAAUUGAUAAUCAUUUCUCAUAUCGAGGUACAAUAUACGAAGUUACAACUGAUUCUCAAAUAAUGCGAUAUUUAAAAUCAUCAGAGUUUAUUGAACAAAUUAAAUCACAUCGAGGAGCUGCACCACUAUACAAGUUUACUAAAGAACAAGGUGAGAUAAUUGACAAAUUGUUGCUAAAAGAUGAAAUAUAUGUGUCGGCUUCAGGUCCUGAUGAUGUGAUGACAUCGUUACUUAAAACUGGUGUGAUUUUCUAUCUGGAUGAUAAAGGUCCCGAGUUCAGGCUGAGGGAGGGCAGAGUUGGGUUUAUCUCGCCCGUGAACAAAUUAUUGUCAUUUUUUCAAAGAUGUGUCUCGAUGAAAGAACCACUGAAAGAUGGUUUUGGCUUACAGGAGUUGAUCAAGGAAGCUUUGUCUAGGAUAAAUUCAAAAGCGUUAACACAUAAUCUUGGCCGGUCAAAGGAUGGUAUGAGGUUGCUGGAGCGGGUAUGGCAGAUGGAGUUUUAUAGAGCAAUCUAUAGCUGCUUACCUGACGAAAUGCACAUAUCACCGGAUGUGGGACGUAUAUUUUCAACAGACGGAGUUGUUGAUUUCUACAUCUCUGAGCCACAAUGGGCAAUUGAAUUGCUCAUUGAUGGAAUUGAUAUGAAAAGGCACCAUGAACGUUUUCAGGAUGAGGUUAUUGAGAGUUUAGAGAAAUUGAUUGAUUUCUUGACUAGACGAGAAAAAUAUCUAAGAGAGAGGGGCACGAUUAAUGAGGCAAAUGAUGUUCAGAGACAACUGGAUAGAGCUGCACAUGAUUUGACACAUGUUUUAUAUGAGGCAGUCGGACAAGGAUUUGGAAUUAAUGGUGAUUUGUUAUUGGAAAGAUAUUAUCGUAGUAUCAUUAAUAACGAUAUUAAUAACAAUAGUAGCACCUGUAAUGGGAAUAGUGAUGUUUGUGAUAUUGUUGUAAAUGAAGACAACUAUGUUGGUGUUAAUAAUGGUGCUAAUAAUAGUAGUGAUUCAUCGUCAAUUCUUAAUAUUGAUGAUUCGGAUGAUUUAAAUUUAGACAAUUUCAAAUAA